CAGCGAGCCCGCAGCCAACCAACCAACCAACCAACCAACCAACUAAAAACGCAACCCUUUCUUGAAGACAGCAGCUAUAUUCAUUCAAGAUGGCAAAGUCUUCUUCAGGAAAGAAUAAGAGACAGGGUUCAAGUCGUCGUGGAGCCAAACGGCCCAAGAACAAUGCCAAUACAUCCAACAACCAGGAGGCAGUCAUCGUGGAUCCCUCCGUGGUGGGUGAUGGUGCUGCUGCCAUGGAAGGUACAGCAGCAAACGUGGAAGUUGAUCCCUUCAAGAAAAUCAUUCUGGAUCUCGGUAAAAGGCCCGAGUCAAUAUUGCAAGUCCUGUCUUAUGUCAAUGGAGAGGCUGCGAUGAGUCACAACCAGAAAGCAGUGUCAUACAACAAUGCUCAUAAGGCCAUUGUCUUUGAAAACGCUACAAGCAGUCAGUUUUCCAGCUCAGAUGGCCUUCGAAUGACACGUUACUUGCUUAGCAAACCUUGGAGCGAACCUCUGAAGGAUAUGGUUGCUUCAAGUGAUAAAUCCAGUGAUCUGUCAAGUCAAAUGUGUAGCAUCGUGGCACCCCUAGUUGUCGACUUUUGUGGGAGGCCAAGAUUCGACAACAUCCAUUUUGGUUGGGUUUGCAAGCACAAAUGCGUUUCGCUUGGAGCCAUCCGGUUCAAACGACACCGUGACAUACCUCGCGUUACCAGGUUGCUCAAUACAUUGGACACAAAGCUCAAAGUUCUGGAUAUUGAUCUUGUAGUCGGACCACGGACUGCAGUGGAGAGAGAGGUUAUAGCACAACGUUCUUCAUUGAUCCAAGCAUUGGUCCCAAAGUGUUCCACAGUGGAGGAAUUCUCAAUUACAGUUUCGGAUAGGGACAUCCCUUGCCAACUGUUGAGCAACAUGCCCAACUUGUUGCGCCUCAAGCUGUCACACAUGGAUCUUUGGAAUCCUGAAAACUUGAGCUCUCUUGUCCAGCACAUCCCCAAGCUGUCAAAGCUGGAACGACUGGAACUGAUUUCCAUGCAUCGGCCUUUCUCGGGAAGCCAAUGUGUCGUUAUCCGGUCCAGCUCUUUGCGUUCAUUGGAUGUUCAGGAAGCUGGUAACGUGUUUGUUACCUGUGAAUGUCCUCGUCUGGAGGCUUUCUGUUGUUGGUCCAAGAGUGGGACAUUGCCUCCAUUGUCUGAGAGUCAAUUUGACAACUUGAAGGGGUUACAUCGUGAUUAUAAGGCUACUGGGGAACCCUUUGUUGGAAUGGAGGUUCCAAGUUCGUGUGAAUUCACCGUCAAGAACUUUUCGGUUCUCAAAACUUAUUCGAUGUACCAACGACAGCUUGAUAAGAUUACCGCACAGCAGGCAGCUGCCUUGGCUGCUGAAGAUGCCUGAAACCGUGGCUAGCUAUUGUAAGGUGCUAUCCAUGACGAUGUCAUCUGCACCUUGAUUGAAGAUUCCUAUCCAGGCCAUCCGAGCUAGUAGGGUGGGCAACCAUUCUUGUGGUACAUCGUAUCACCCCCAAUUCCACAGCAACCUCCAUGUAUCUCAAAGUAAACUGUCUUCUAUAAGCUACUAAGUUCUGGUGCCAAGACAAGGAGGGGACCACAGAUACUUUUUUUCUCUGCAGCAGCCAGUCUGCACUCUGCCAUCACGAUUGAUACCUGGUACAAGCAUUAUAUAGAAAGAAACUUGUUGCACUCAUGCUGAAGGAAAGAUGCAUUUGGAAAUCCUGAACAGUACCCAUGCAACUGUCUGUCUCUCUAUCUUCUUUUAGUGUGCCAUUCCGAAAGAUCUAGCUCGUAGAUUGCUAUCCUAGUCAUCUUCCUCCAGGCUUGCCUUGAUCGUGGAAGCUACCCCCCUUAGCGACAGAUCUGGUACCUGGGGUGUCGUCGAAAACUCUUUGGAACGCAUUGGCAGACAAACACACCGAUGACGAAGCGGCACUGCUGGUGCCACCCAAGUCAAUACUCUCAUUGUGACGGCAAAUCCCGGAACAACACUCAUUGCCUAACCAACAGGGAUUUCCCGAAGGCUUGCAGCCGCUGGCACCAUCAGCCCAGAAAGAUACCGCUCCACCACUGCGGUGAGCAUGGGAUGAAGUCCGUUGUUUGUGGGUCGACUGAGGGACAAUGGGUGAAUGUUGAUGCCGAUUUGGGAACGACGAGGCAGACCUUGCCCCUGACUGUUGCGCUGUCCUAGUCACAACUCUUGUUGUUUCGACAGUGUUUAUUGUGAUGCUGCUGGAAAUGGUAGCUGGCGCCUUCGCAUCAUCUGUGGGCAAUGGAUCAAGAACGACAAACAUAGAAGAGGAGGGAGAGUCUUGGAACCUGGCAGCAGCAUCAUCCGACCGAUCCUCCUCUGACCGAUCCUUGCUGGAGGAUCUUUUGCCUCCGUCACCUUUCGUACUACUGUAGGUAGCAGGAAGUGCUGUUGGUUGAAGCGUUUCGUAUUCAGUGAUGUUUCCAAAGUCAAAAGCAGAAGAAUGGCUGCCUGUGAUGGGACUAAGAGUCUGACCAAAAGUCUCGGUGGAGCACCAGGUUGUAAUAUUACCAGUUUCAGGUUCGGUGCAAACCUGUCUGGCAAUCCAAUCGUAGUGAUACUGCACAGACGCAUAAACACCCGGACUUUGGCUUCGACCACAACUACCAACGCAUUUCCAAGG